UCGUGAGCGAUGAUCCUGGGCGGAGUCUGGAAACGAUGGCGAAAGACGGUUGAAGAUAUAAUGUAUGGAAAAACCAAAGCCGACUGGGAAAGAAAAUAUAUUUGACGGAAUUAUUUGCUCGCCAAUUUUGUCAAGUGGCAGUUCACACGACGAGAGUAAAGGUCCACAUUCACCACUGACUGAGAGAAACCUCACUUGCCUGGGCAAGGGUCUAGAAUCUAAGGUUGGCAUUUUUCCAAGUACUCCACUUCUGAAGUCAUCUGUCACCGACAAGCAUCGCGAUUUGUGGGAAGAAAUUCGUAAGUUGGAUGAAGAGGAACUGUGGAUAGAACGUACCCAAAUUCUCACCAAAGAAGACCAUAUUUUGUAUGGUGAAUUUGCUAAGGAAAUUGUGACAAAGAUCAUCAACAAUCUUCCAAUUUUCACGAUGGAUGAAACUGCCGAGGAUCAUGGGAUUGUAAAAGACCGUGAUGUUAACUAUGAUAUUGAAACCAGUCUUUCAGGACAAAAAGUUGUUUGUGAAGAAGAAAAAGAUGUGAUAGCCAAUGGGAAGGAUGAUAUACAAAUUGAUGAGUCCGAAAUGGUGGAAAAUGGCGAAGUUAAAGGAGAUCAUGAUUUCAUAAACUCGUGUACUGAAUUUGAUACUACAAUUAAAGAAACAUCUGUCAAUGACGAAUCAUGCUUAGAAAAUACAUUGUCUGAAUUUGAUAAAAGUUCCGAAGAUCUUAAUGUCACAGUGAAGGAAGCCGUCGUCGAUUCAUCAAAGUUUUCAGACUCUAUAUUAGAUGAAACUGUGAAAGAGGUGACAGACGCAGAUGGAAACGAGAAAGCGGCCGAUUCUGAAGUUCACGAAUAUGAUGGCGUGAAUUUGGAUGAGAGUUCUUUCAAACAAGCUACAGAAUUCAGCUUGGAUUUGGAUUUUCUUGAGAAAUGUGGAAAUAUAAACAGUGAAGAAUUCGAGAGUGAAUUAGCAAGACAGUCUCUGUACGUGAAGUUCGAUCCUCUUGUACAAGCUAGAAAACCAAACAAGCAGAGUGAUCAAGAAUCAUUGGACGCACCGACAAUCAAACCGUCCGACUUAUUGUUUCAAGGUUCAUCAGCUUUGUCCAGCGAUGAUCUGUUGCUAGGAAUGGAUACACCACCUGCCAAAUCAGUCGUAUCCCGCCGGGAUUUGCUUGAUCGAUCUGAAAAUGUCGAAAAUGCGGAGGAGAACGCAAUGACAUCCCCUGUUGUCCAUGUUGAUCCAUUUUCCUUUUCACCCAAUAAGAAUGAGGAAGAGGUGUGCGAAAAUAAAAACAUAAAUGAAGAAAGUCCUAAUUCAAACGAAGACAGUGUUGUUGAAUCUACUAUGAACGAGCAGAGCAGCGAUACCUCUCUAGUACAGCCAUUGCAGUUCUCGAAAACAGAUUUAGACAGAGCUGUACAUAAAGAGAAAGAAAGAAUGCAAAGCGAGUUAAAUCUUCAGAACAACUUACACGAAGUUGAGUUGGAAAAGUUACUCGACGAAAGAAAGAAACUGCUAGAUGAAAAUAAAGUUAUCAAAACCCUCAUGAUGGAGUAUGAACAAACGAUGGCACAAAUGAUAAAAGACCGAGAAACAGAACAAAGUAAACAAGAAAAGUCGAACGCUGAAAUUGUACAGGAACGAGAUCAACUUCAAAGAGACUUGAAUAAUACAGAAAAGUCUUUCGCUCAUCUUCAUGAAAAAUUUGGAAAGCUCAAAACGGCUGUGGAGUCAUAUCAAAAGAAUGAAGAGGUCUUGAAGAAGGUGGUUAAAGAUUUACAGGAAGAUGUCAAGAAUGCUGAUAAAAAAUAUCAAAUUUUGAAAGGUCAUGCCGAGCAAAAAUUGCAAGAGGCAAAUGUUGAAAUAAAUCGGGUUCAGACGACGUUUAAUAAAGAGGUAGCCUGCCUUCAGGCAGCUCUAAAACGAGAGAAAACGAAAAUUUCAUCUUUGCAACAAAAUCUCGAUCAAAAGACAAGCGAAAACAAAGAGUUGACAGCCAUUUGUGACGAACUAAUAAGCAAAGUUGGUCGAUAGAUGGAACUCUUGUACAUAGUCAUUAGUAUUUAGAUAUUUGAAUCCCAUAUGUAUAUUUCUAUAAAUACAAUAAUUGUACCAAUUUAUUACAAAAAUAGUGUAUUUUCAAUCAAAAAAUAAUGCAAUUGCAUUGUCAGUUAAA